UUGGACAUUUUCAGAUUUUCUAGGAGAAGAGAAUCAAGAGAUCGAGCGAUUGAGGCCGGUGAAAAUCGGCUUCGUGGAUGGAUGAUCAGAAGGAACUUCUCCGGACAGUGUUUGGUGAAAGCUCCGACAGUGAAGACUCCGAUCAGCGGCGGCCGCAGGACGGCGAUGCGGUUUCGGUUUCUGUUUGGGAACCGAUCCAGGGAAUUGACGGAUUAUGGCUGUGCCGGGACUUUCUCUCUCCUCAACAACAAGCAUCCCUGCUCGCCUCCGUCCUGAAUGAGGGAUGGUUCACCGAAGCUUCUCAGAAUCAGGCCAUGAGGUUUGGGAAUCUUCCACAAUGGGCGACUGAACUUUCUGAUUCUAUUUGUGAUGCCGUCAUUUUUGGUGAUCACAUUUCUGAAUCUAAAGACUUGGUUGUCUCUGACAGUGGCAUGGAAGCCUGUGUAUUGCCAUCAAUUUUAUUGUGCAGAGAACCUUUAUUUGAUCAACUUAUUGCAAAUGCAUACCAACCAGGUGAGGGAAUCUGUGCACACGUUGACCUCAUGCGUUUUGAAGAUGGGAUUGCCAUCAUUUCAUUGGAGUCAUCAUGCGUGAUGCACUUUUCUCAAGUUGAAGAAGUUUGUGACAUCGUUGAGGGAAGUGAAAAUCAUCCAUCUAUGAAGAAGAUGCCUGUUUACCUGACUCCAGGGUCAUUAAUUCUAAUGUCCGGACCAGCUCGCUAUCUCUGGAAACAUGAGAUAAAUCGAAAGCCAGGGUUUCAAAUGUGGGAAGGACAGGAAUUAAAACAAAAGAGGAGAAUCUCCAUAACUCUGAGAAAGCUGUGCCAGGUUGAGUAGCUUCCCAUUGCAUAUGGUACCGGAUCACUCUUACAUUCUCCCUCUUUUUGUCAAUUUCAAACAUUAGACAUUCAUGGUAAUGCAUACUGUCUUAAUAGUCAUUUCGAGUGUUGAGACUGAUUCAAGAAUGCGAGUCCCAUGCUCAAAUUUUUUAGCCAAAUGCUAUACAACUUUUACAUUGAGUUGGAUUGUUGUUGCGAGUGCUCAGAUUGAUAAUGGA